UGGGCGGGUCUUGACAGUAUCAGUUUGACUGCUUCUCAACCCAUUCACGCUGAUAAGCUUCAGGGGUAGUUGGGCUGAACCGCGGAUUCCUUCUUAGACUUGGACGUAAAGAAGAUGGCUGCAAUCAGGAAGAAGCUGGUGAUAGUUGGGGAUGGUGCAUGUGGGAAAACCUGUCUGCUUAUCGUCUUCAGUAAAGAUCAGUUCCCAGAAGUCUAUGUCCCCACUGUGUUUGAGAACUAUAUUGCUGACAUUGAAGUUGAUGGCAAACAGGUGGAGUUGGCACUUUGGGAUACCGCAGGCCAAGAGGACUAUGACCGACUGCGGCCUCUAUCCUACCCCGACACAGAUGUUAUCCUUAUGUGUUUCUCCAUAGAUAGCCCAGACAGUUUAGAGAAUAUUCCAGAGAAAUGGACACCCGAAGUGAAACACUUCUGUCCAAAUGUCCCGAUCAUCCUUGUGGGUAACAAAAAGGACCUCAGGAAUGAUGAACACACACGCAGGGAGCUGGCCAAAAUGAAACAGGAACCGGUCAAAUCUGAAGAAGGCAGAGACAUGGCCAACCGCAUCAGUGCCUUUGGCUACCUGGAGUGCUCCGCCAAGACCAAGGACGGCGUCCGGGAUGUUUUUGAGAUGGCUACCAGAGCAGCUCUGCAGGUCCGCAAGCGCAAGAAGAGAGGUGGCUGCCAGCUGCUGUGAGGGGGCAGAGCGCUAGGGCCAUUCGGGACCUGAGGGAGGACCCUCCCAGGCACACAGAACAAACUUAGAGAAACCUUAAAUCAGUGGCUUCCACGGACUGUACUUACUUCACAGAUGCAGGCAAUUAAGAAAGACUGACACACCUGUUUAAAAGCAAAACAAAUCAACCGUUAAAAAAAACAAAAAAAAAACAGUUUGUUCUGUGACUCACUCAGUAAUUGCUAGAUUCCUGUUUUGUUUCCCACUACCAGCGCACCAGUCUGUCUGUAAGGGAUUGGUCCCUUCCAUCUCUGUAUGAAUGUAUGUUUGUAUUUAUAUGUGCAUAUACUUUACAAAUGUCAAAAAGCUGCCUCUGUGUCAUGAUUGUUUGGGUAGAAGGGUUAGAAUCCCACAUGCACACUGAUAUCUUUUUGGUUUUAGAUUUGCAUGCCUGAAAUCUGCAUGCUCCACUUGAUCUUUUUUUAAAUUUUAUUUUCACCUUCUUUGCUGAUCCUUAGGGCUUUUUUACCAUUAGUAAGUUUAUACACUAAAAGUUAUACUAUACCAAUGAUAUGUACUGCUCUGUCAGCAGAAAUGUAUUCUACAAUUUGCUCACCUGCAAAGGACACAAGAGCCUGAUUUACCCCAGUAUACUGAAGCAGCAGCAGCUAUUUGUAAGCAGAGGCUCUGGACUGUGCAUGACUGUCUCCUUCAUGGCGACAGCUUAAACUGGCACUGGUGACAGAGAUGUAUUGUCGUAGAAAGUACUGGCUGUUGCGCUCCUUCUGGCUCUGACAGACAUCAC